UACUGUCUUUGUGGGAACGGGUAGUGCAGAAAACUGAUUCAGCAUUGCUCCAGAACUACCCUGGCUGCUGGUGAGAGUGGUACGCAGAGCAACGCUGGGCCUCGAGAACACAUCGCGGUGCCGCAAGAACUGGGAGAGAGCUGGUAUUGAAAAGGCUGAGACAUUUGGAGCGCUGAGCACUGCCAAUGUUCGGUGAGACCUUGGAAGAGGAGCAUGAUCCGUGAAUAAGCCGGCGCGGGAGGUUGGUCUAUUUGGCAGCAGACUUAGCAAGAAGAAGAGCGUUUUUACAGUGACUAAAAUCGCACUUGAGGACUUCACAACCUACCUCACGAACUAAGUCUCUGAGCUGCGAACUGAUCGCGUUUUCGGCCAAACGUGACAAAAAUGACAUCACCCACAAUCGGCAUUGACCUGGGCACCACCUACUCGUGUGUGGCGGUGUUUCAGCACGGCAAGGUGGAGAUAAUUGCCAACGACGAAGGAGCUCUGACCACACCGAGCUGUGUGGCGUUCACGGACACCGAGAGAAUCAUCGGAGAGGUUGCUGUCAGUCAGGCGGUGCGAAACCCCGAAAACACUGUGUUUGACGUGAAGCGAAUGAUGGGUCGCCCAUUUUCGGACCCGACAGUGCAGGAGGAGAUGAAGAACUGGCCGUUCGCUGUCGUCAACGAUCGCGGAAACCCUGCCAUCAAGGUGGAGUACAAGGGUGAGCGACGUCAGUUCUCGCCCGAGGAGAUUAGCUCGAUGAUACUCGGGAAAAUGAAGGAGACGGCCGAGGCUUACCUGGGUGAACCGAUCACCGAUGCCGUGGUCACUGUUCCGGCCUACUUCAACAACCGCCAGCGAUCGGCCACCAUGGAUGCCGGUAAGAUCGCCGGACUGAAAAUCAAGCGCAUCAUCAACGAGCCGACGGCAGCCGCGCUCGCUUACGGCCUCGACAAAAACCUUAACGGCGAGAAAACGAUUUUGGUGUUCGACCUUGGAGGAGGGACGUUCGACGUGUCCAUUUUAAAGAUCUCCAGCGGACCCAGGUUUCAAGUUCUGUCCACUGCCGGUGAAACUCACCUCGGUGGCCAGGACUUCGACAACAGGCUGGUGAAGUACUUUGCAGAUGAGUUCAAGAAGCAGCACAAGAAAGACCUCACGGAAAGUCGUCGAGCGAUGCGGAAGUUGAAGGCUGCCUCUGAACAGGCAAAGCGAACCCUGUCCAGCUCCUCGCAAGCACGCGUCGACAUCGACUCACUUUACCGAGGCAUCCACUUCAGCUGUUCAAUCUCCAGGUCCCGCUUCGAGAAGAUGUGCGGUGAACUAUUUCGCCGAACGUUAGACUCUGUGGAACAAGCGCUGAGUGACGCGACGCUGAAGAAAUCCUCCAUCGAUGACGUAGUCAUGGUUGGUGGCUCAACACGCAUACCGAAAGUGCAGCAGCUGCUGGAGGACUUCUUUGACGGAAAACGGGUGAGCAAGGACAUCAACCCGGACGAGGCUGUGGCGUGUGGCGCAGCACUUCAGGGGGCCAUUCUUGGAAACGACGCGAGCAAGUUGGAUUUGAUUGGCAGCGUAACCCUCCAAGACGUCAUUCCCCUGUCCCUUGGCAUAGAAGUCAAUGGAUUUUCCAUGAUGAAGAUGCUAGAGCGCAACACUGAAAUUCCCGCGUGCCGCAGCGAGCAGUUUUCAUUUGGCAGUGACAAUCAGACAUCAGCCCAAGUCAAGGUACUAGAAGGCGAACGAGUGAUGACCUCUGACAACAACGUCAUCGGUGAGUUCUUGAUCAGUGGACUCGUGGAGAGACCACGUGGCGAACCUGGUAUCAAGGUGACGUUUGAUGUGAAUGCUGAUGGCAUCCUCCGCGUCAGCGCCGUCGACACCAAGAAGAGUGACAAUGUGAUGCACAUCACAAUCGCCGAGAGUAACGGACGGCUCAGCGCAGCGGAAGUCGACAGAAUGAUGAAAGAAGCGGAACAAUUUCGUGAAGAGGAUGACGCCUUGCGGAAACGUGUCAACGUCCGGAAUGAGCUGGAAGGCUAUGUGAUCAUGGGCCUCCGUACGGUGGACCAAGCAGGGGAUGACGCCUCAGAGGAAGACAAGAAGACGGCACGUAGCAUUUGCAACGAGGUUUUGGAGUGGCUGGAGAAAAACAGGCUGGCCGAACUCGAUGAACUGACGUACUGGCUGCAGUCCACCAAGGAGAAACUGUCACCCUUGCUGCAGAAACUCAAUAGUGGAGACGGGAGUCGUCAGUACACCCCCAGUGCCGGCUCCAUGCACUAAAGGAUGGUCAAUCCUCGGGCCUCGGCGUACUGACGUCCCAACGCUGCGGACUUUUCCCAGGAAGGCAAGGAACUCAAAAAGUCAGCAGACGAAACGAAGGAAGUCAGGAAGUCAGGGGGCGAAACGAAUCCUGACGAUGAAGGUGCGAAAUGUGAAUGAAGAUGUGCGACGAUGGUCGCGGCGAGGGUGAGCCAGGAGUUUGACGGCUUGGACACGCAUGCUCGUCGUUCUGGAGAUGCGCGGCUGGACAGCUGCGGUGCAGUGGUGCCCGAAUCGGAUUGACCUAGAGACUCAGGUGAUGAGGUCGAUCAGGCUCGCCUUGUGCCACGAUGUCUACCGCGUAGUUGGGAUGCUAGAUGAAACAAACAAAUUGAAUUGCUGUAAUGCUUAGUGCUUACGUCUUGCAAAACUAAAUGGAUUUGAUGUGUUUGGGACCAACGUAAGCAUCAGGGUAAGGUGAGCUUGUGUGUGUGUGUGUACUUUCUCCUGUCUAAUAAGAUACUUGUGCAUAUACCUUUUAGCAAACUGAGUUAAAUCAUCACAUUAUUGCGAACUUGAACGAAAAAUUGACGUUUUGCUGUAAAUAAAUGCUUUGUGGAAAAUCAAA